CUACAAAAUCCCGCAGCCAACUUAACACAGCAUUUGUAAGCAAAAAUUUGUGCGGAGAUUAUUAUUAGGAAAAAGCCGCUUUUGCAUCCAUCUACUUUAAGAAAGGAGCAGGCAAAUCCACCAGGUUGAAUACAAGACGGCGUAUAUCAUUUCCCAUAGUUAAAAACAGUUAAAGGUGAUACUGCAGCAGGACAAAGGCGAGGACUUGGUAGAACACAAUGGACACCUAUUUGUUUGAUGGCGGCCGCAUCACCAAGAUGGAGGUGGACUACGAGCCGGCGUGCAACGAGAAAAUCCCCCUGGCCAAGGAGCUGGCCAAGAAAAACCCCGACGCAUUUCACGAAGCUAUCGAAAUGAUGCUACAACUGGAGAAGCAGACGCGUAUCGGCGCCGACAUGGUUUCCUGCUCACGAGUUCUAGUGGCCAUCUGCCAGAUCUGCUUUGACGCGUCCAACUGGAACGCCCUUAACGAGUACGUUUCCCUGUUGGUACGCCGUCGCUCCCAGCUAAAGCAGGCCGUGGUCAAGAUGAUCCAAGAGUGCGUCACAUACGUAGACAAGACGCCCGACAAAGAGACUAAGCUAAAGCUGAUCGACACACUGCGCUCGGUUACCGAGGGCAAGAUUUACGUUGAGAUUGAGCGAGCCCGUCUAACUAAGAUUCUGGCCGACAUUAAAGAGGCCGAUGGCGAUGUCGCCGGAGCUGCCACCGUCAUGGAGGAGCUACAAGUAGAGACAUAUGGCUCGAUGGAUAAACGCGAGAAGGUGGAGCUCAUCCUGGAGCAGAUGCGCCUUUGCCUGCUGAAGGAGGACUACGUAUCCACGCAGAUCAUUGCCAAGAAGAUCAGCAUAAAGUUCUUCGACGAUCCGGCUCAGCAUGACCUCAAGCUAAAGUUCUACUAUCUAAUGAUUCAGUUAAACAGAGACACCUCCUUCCUGAAUACUUCGCGCCACUAUCAGGCUAUAGCCGAACCUCCGCGCAAAAAGACUGGCCUUACACCAGUGGACUCUGCCGCGUCCACGGAUGAGCAAAAAAAAAAGGACGAGGACAAGAAGAAGAAGGACGAAGAUGAUAAGGAUAAGAAGCCAGAGGUUGCUCCAGAGCCUGAGGUCGAAACUGAGCUAACCGAUGAGCAGAAGAAGGAGCUGACAGAAAAGCUAGUUUGUGCUGUGCUAUAUUGCGUUUUGGCUCCCUUCGACAACGAACAGAGCGACAUGAUGGCCCACCUCUCGAAGAACAAGAAGCUGGAAGAAGUGCCAGCCUACAAGGAAAUUCUGCGCUUGUUCAUGUCAAAGGAGCUAAUCAACUUCGAGACAUUUAAUGCAGACUUUGGGCUCGUGCUGGCUGAAAAUGAGAUGUUUAAGGAAAGCACAAAACACGGCAAGAAGUGUAUCACCGAGCUCAAAGAUCGUCUGAUAGAGCAUAACAUUCGCAUCAUUGCCAUGUAUUACUCCCGACUGCAUUUGGCGCGCAUGAGUGAACUCCUGAACCUGCCCACGAGCCGCUGCGAGGAGUAUCUUUCUAAGCUGGCGAACACCGAUACCAUCCGCGUAAAGAUCGACCGUCCCGCCGGCAUAAUUUACUUUACCCAAAAGAAGACCGCAUCCGACAUCCUGAACAACUGGGCCACCGAUGUGAACCAACUGAUGUCCCUGGUCAACAAGACCUGCCACUUGAUUAACAAGGAAGAGUGCGUCUACUCCGUUAUGUGCGCUGUCGAGGAUUAGUCCUGUACCAUAGGUGCUUAGAAUAGUGUUUUCCCUUUAAAACGCCUACUCUCACGCAACUGUAAUUGUAUUAACCACUGAACUACAAUUAUUAAAUGAAUCCCCAUUUAAAAGUCCAUGCAA